UCUUUCGAUUGUGCCCAAGACAACUGUGAAGCUGAAGAUUGUCAUGGCUGACAGUACAGAAUUACUCUUUUUCGAUACAUUUUCCCAUGAAAGUUCAGAGGAACUGAAUUUAGACCUUGUACAGUUUCCAAAACCUGUAUUUAUUAGUGAAGUUCGAAUAAUCCCAUUGGGUGCACGUGUACAGGCAGAUUUUCCUGGUGGAGUUCGACUUGGAGCAACAAAUCCAUCACAAUUUGAAAUAGAAUUCUUUGUAAAUGAUUUGAGCAAACCUGGGGCUUCUACAUUUGAAAGUCUUGGAGGAUUAGAAUAUAAGCAGAAUGUUAAUAUUCAAUUGGAAUGUGAUCGAAGGAUUCCCACAGAUGGCUUGGUUUUGCGUGGGUGGUAUACAACAAUUACGUUGGCUGUAUAUGGGGUCCUCACCAAGUCUGUACAGGAGCCUCCUCCACCCCCUCCCCAAGGGCUGAUAACUCAUUCAGUCCCACCUCCUGGUCCCUGUCCAGCAGACCCUAGAGUGACAGAUGCUAUUGUCACCAACUCAGCUACUGUAGCAGACUUGGCUCCAGCAGUGGACCGUGGUUACAUGGUAGAAACCACACUACCAGAUCCAUACAACAGUAAUUACUCUGGAGAAUACCAUCCGCCACCCCCAGAAUAUCCUCCACAUACAUAUCGAGAAGAAUGGCCACAGCAGGCUCGGGCUGUGCUGCAUGGUCCAGGAGAAUCAUAUGAACCUCCCAAAGAUCCUCGGCCAUUGCCACCAUAUGAGGAGGAUCGUUUGCCUUGGGAGAGCAGUGGAGGUGUGGAGGAGAAGUUACCUUGGGAACGAGAUCGAGCCAAGGAUCGUGAGGAGCGUGAUAGACGUGAUAGGGACAGGGAUCGCGAUAGGGAGCGUGAUCGGGACAGAGACAGCUAUCGGGAUAGAAGCAGGGACAGAGACCGGAGUAGGGACAGAGAGGCUGAUAGGGAAAGGGACAGGGACUGGGAGGAGAGAUCACGGAGAGAAGAUAGGGAACGUGAAAGAGAUCGGGAACGAGACAGAGAGCGGGAAAGGAGUAGUAGCAGUGCACGUGAAUAUCAGGAAGUGCCUCGUGAGCGGGACUGGGAUCGUGGUGGGAGUGGUAGUGGGGGUGGUGGUACAGGAUGGGGUGGGGUUCGCAGGGAACAUGCCUCUCUGACGGUGGAACGAUUGCCAUGGGCAGAAAGGGCUGAACACCCUCAGUCCAAAGGCCCUCCGUUGCUGCCAAUACCUUCAGAACAUGUGGUUCCACCUCCUCACCAUCACCCUCACCAUCAUCAUGAAGGCCUAGGUCCAGGAAAUCUGCAUAGGAUUCCCUCACACAUGCAUCCUCAUCCUCCUCCAGGACCAUCACAUCACCAUGAGAUGGCCAGGCCACAUUCCCGUGGCGAACGCAAACCACGUGAUGGUUCAUGGGAGCGGAGCCAGGGUCCACCACCUGGGCCACAGGGAUCAUUGCUUCAUCAGACUCCAGAGCAACCCUGGGAACUUGGUCCUGGUCGUGAAAUGUCUCAGGAACGUGAUGAGGUGAUUCCGGGCAGGAAGAGGCCACGAUCACCUCCUUCACAACCUUCACCUGCAUCUGGCAUAGCACUGCGUUCUCCAAAGAGGCCUCACACUCCUCCCCCUCAACAGCCACCAGGUGGCCCCAUCACACCAGAAGACAAGCUUCCUCAGCAGCAGAUGGCACCAAGGUGGCCAUCUUCAGCAUCGCCGAGCAGAAGUGAGGGCAUCAAAGUGAAGAAAGAAGUGAGUUCGCCGACGCCAUCAUCCGGUGCUCAGCAGAAGUUUGAGUCUCUGUCGCCUGGUGAUGUCGAGUCCAUCUCGGAAGGUGAGAUCCCAGAGACGGAGGCAGAUUUGGAAGGAGAGUCUCUUCCAGUAAUCAAGACUGAGACUUCUGAAUUGAUGGUAGCUGACAAGAACACAGAAGUUGCAGGAGUGUCAGAGGAAGUUUUAUCAGCCACUGAUCAAGCUAUAAAGCUGGAGCAAACUGAGGAUGAAUUUCCACUCACCAAGCCAGGAUCUGUAGAGCGGAAGACCCAACCAUCCAUCACGCCCUCCCUUCCUAAUUCUGUCCCAGCAGCUGGUUCUCCUGCUAAAGUUUCAGCUGUGUCUAGUCCAAAUAAUAUUAUCCAUGGCCCACCAUCUACUCCACCUACUGCAGUAAGCAGUGUGGCCACACCUGUAGGCUCACCCAUUCCGCCUGAUGAGCCUGGCAUCAUGGUUGUGGAACAAUAUGAGCCCAUCCUCAGUGAUGAAGACAUUGACGAAACAGAUGCACAGUUCCAAGACAUGGACUAUGACUUCUCUGAUUAUUGUGAUGAUCAACUGAGCAAAACUUUCAAUCCCUUUGCAUGUGAACUUCAACCCUUACUUUUCCUAAUGGACCCUGGUUUGUCCCAGUGUGAAGUGGAGACAAAGCGAUUGCUUAGGUUACGUACUGAGUCAUGCCUAAGGCCUACAGUGGAGACUCCAAGUGAGGCUGUGAGGUUGGAAGAACUUGUUCUACAGCAAGGAAAGGUUGUCACUGUCCAUGGUGUAGACAGUUGUUCAGGAGAACCACAAGUUCAUGAAGACUGGAAAGCAUUGCCAUAUAUCUCUAAUAAAGAAGAUAUUUUACAGACAUUAUUCAAGUGGGUAGAGAUUGGAUUAGACUUCAAUCUGGCCCUAAGUCAGCCGCAACCAGGUUACAAAGUGCGACACAUUAAAGCAGGAAUUCGCUUGGUUGAUGCUUUGUGCCAUUGUGGUGAAGCCAUUACAGAAAAGUUGCUAGAUGCACAAGAUAUUCAUUUUAAGCUACUGGACUUGUAUCACAAAGAAUAUAUGGCUCUCUCCAUCAAGCUGAUGAUUCUGCGAGCAUUGGACUCAAGUCUGAGAUGUCAGCAAGCUGUACAGCAUUUUCUAGGACAUAGGACUAAAGGUCAUAAGUUAGCCAAAAAUAUAAAUUGUUUUAUUAAAGUGGAAGACAAUCCUGCGAAGGAAAUCGAGGGAAGUACCAGUGGUUACCGGACGUUGAUUAAAAUGAUUCAAGGCCAUCAGCUGGCAAGAGUGAAAUUUGCAAUCAGUUGUUUGCUUCGAAAGUUACAUGUUUAUGAAGUUUUAGAAAAACUGAAAGAAUGUGUAGGGCAACUGAUAGAUGCUAGUCCACCUCCUGGUGUUGCUAGCCCCAUUGAUGAACGGCAGAGGUUACCAGAUGCCAGCCCAGAACCAAUUCCUGCAGGUGUAGAAGUGUCAGAUCAAGAAAUAGAGACAGUUGUGUCUUGUUUGGAAGAGAUUCUCCGUGUGUGUCGGGAAGCACCAUUAGCCAUAUCACAGCCAAAGCGUUUCCUUCCAGUGUGUGCACAGUUUGAAAUCAGUCCCUGUUCUCAGGACCCGUACCCAGCAUUGUUUUGUUACUUUCGCUGUCACCGUUUGUUGGAAGUAUGUCUUGUGCUACUAUCCUGCCCUACCACUGCUGGCUAUUCAUCCAUCACAGUCCCUGUGCAAGAGAUACUUGCUACACUGUUAGACUCUCAGGGAGGAAUGCAGUUUUUGGCCUCCAAUGUGGAUAUCACCAGUGCAAUUCUAAGAGUACUACUCCAGCAGGCACCACCUGUGUCACCAGGCCCUCCAGAAGAUGUGUUGGAUGAAGGUGCAGUGUCUGCCCCUCCAGCCCAGCAGCUGGGACUGUACAUGGUGUACCGACUGCAGGCGCUGCAGUAUAUUGAUGCUCUUUUAGACUUGGGUGCUAGUGAUCCAUCAUUUCUGGAUCCAGAUCAAACAGAUGUUCUGGAUAACCUGAAUGGUUUGUAUUGUUUGGGCUUUACUCCAGUUGGGAAGCUUUCCUUGGUUCAUGUUUUAAGUCGUGGAAACAACAUAGGGGUUCUUUUACGAUUUUUUAUUGAAGACAUUUCUCAAGAACAGCCACAAACUCAAUCUUUUAAGUAUGACAUUGGUGAUCCAAAGAUAAAGAAAUCACCAGGGAAGAGUUAUUCAGCAGACCUCAUUGUGAUGACAGUGAAAUACUCUGAUUAUAUCCCUUUCCUGCAGAAAUUUGGCAAGGAAAUACUUGAAGCUGCCUUAAAAUAUGAACAGCAGUCCCCAUCAUGUAGGUUGCUUGAAAUAGUGCCAUGGCUGAAACCAUUGGAAAACCCAUCAUUAUUUGCAUAUGAUGAUAUAGGAACACUCAGUGAAAUCAUUAAAAGGAAUGUUGAAAAUGCUACUGCUCUGCCAGGCGAACUAAUCACCACAGUUAGAAUUUUAAAGUUCUUGGGGAUUCCCCUUAGAGAUAAGGACUUGGCCAUGGUACAUGAGGCUGUAGACGCAGAAGAGUACAUUGAAUUGAAGUAUAAGUAUGUAAUCCUACAACUUUUCUCUCAGGAAGGUGUUACAAAUCUAACUGCCAUACUGCAGAAACUAUGCGAAUAUUAUGAGCAGCCAAUGUUACAUUCAACGAGUUUUGUUGGUUAUCAGGGUGCAAUGCUGGUUUCAUUUAUCCUGCCAGCUAUUCAGUUGGUACGUCGUAUGCUGACCUAUGUUAUUCAUUGCCGCAAUACUGAAUUUAAGGAUCUAAGUGCUGUACCUAUACUGCUUCAAACAUAUAGUUUGAUGCACGCGUUUCCUGCUUCGGCCGUUUCUUACAUAGACUCACAGCGUGUUUGUCGUGAAAUUAUAGAGACACUGCUGGCUUACACGCAACCAGUAUCCUCAAUUCCAUCUUCAGAAACAGAAGCUCUGAAUAAAAGCUUGUGGACAAUGAUGAUGUCAGAAGUUGUGAAGUAUGUGACUACUGGACCUCACACGUUUGUGCCGGGUUUGCUUGUUCUCUCUGAGCUGCUUCCAUUGCCCUUACCCGUUCAAACAAGGUCACCACUACCAGAGAAUGAAAUUGUGCGGGCUGUGAAUGGGCGUAAACUGUGGAGUGCACAUCUACAUUCAUUGGGAUCAGGACUUCAGGAACUCAUUGCAACCAUGAGUGGUAGCAGUUUUCAGCCCUUGCUUCAGUUAUUGAGGCGUGUGUGUGUGCAGUUGGCAGAUCUUGCUGCUCCCACAGCACUAAUUGUGAGUCGAGGUGUCCUAGAUACUGUGCUAGCUAGUCUUCAGCAUGUUCCUUCUUCCUCUCCUCAGCCUCUUCCUUCAAAUAAUGCCCUGUCUACUCCGAAUGCCACCCCAGAAUCUCCUUGCUCUGGUCACACAGCUCGUCUGCUCAAUUUUCUUGCCUGCCUUGUCACACAUGCAUCAGUGAAAUCAGCCGUUCUUCAUCUCCUGACCAAGGGUGGCUCAGUCAAGUCUGAUGAACGUUACCCUGGACUGGUGACAUCUCUCUGUGCUAUCCUGCGUUCACCAUCAGACUCCUCAUCACACAUACAGGCACAGGAGUGUGUGGUGUCAGUGAUUCAGUCUCUGUGUGACACAGAAGUGACACUGCUGCCUCCCCCAGGCACAACACUAGUUGGGGGAGGUGGUGGAGAUCCUGGGUCCAUGCCAACUCCAGAUGUGUAUCUGGCAAAUGCUCUACCCCCUCGCGAUCUUCUCAUUACAAUGUGCACUGUCAUGUUGGAACAUGUUGCCAACAUUGAACACAGCUUCACCACAUUGUUGCCAACUGUCCGCACUUUUCUCAUGCUCACAGAACAUGACUAUGGCUUUUACCAUCUCAAGAGCUGUCUGGAGAAGAAAACAGAUGCACUCCUGAAUUUAUUUGUCAAAUUCUGCACUGGAUUCAGCAAAGACAGCUCAGAUUGCCUUUCAACUCUUUCAACUAGCCUUGAACUGCUACGUGUGUGCAUUUCCCUUGAGGAAGAUGAGACGGAGUCAGGACUGGGAUUGCCUGCCAGGAGUCUGGUAAUGUCUGUCCCAGAACUUGCUGUAGUGCUUGGCUGGGAUCGUGUACAUGUAGGUCAGGAGGAGGAGCUACGAGAUGAUGCUAUAGAUGCUGAAGGAACUGAAUCAACAACAGAUGCAAAAGAAGCUAAUGGCAUUACAUGCAGCAAAAAGAAACAUCCUAUUUUCUGCUUGGAGAAACUUCUACAGGAUUGUAGUUCUGAAGAGGAGGCACUAGAGAGUCUGCAUGAGAAUGUUGCCAGCCUGAUAAAAUUGCUUGAGGUUGAGGGAAGCAAACCUGUUGAGAACAGAGAAUUUCCAGAACCGAUCUUACCUCCACCUGAGCUGUUGCUGUCACAGUUUGCAGCUCGCCCUGUGUUUGUAGUUGGUGAGGUUGAUGAUGAACGUCUUAGUUCGACAUAUUGGCUUGCUCCUCCACCUGUAGAUGAGGCAGAUCAAGAUAUGGAUCAGGUGAGUUGUGAUCUGAUGGAGAUGGCACGCCUCUACUUGCCAGACUUUCAUCUCCCAAUUGAGGCAGAGCGGUUGUGUCGUCUCAAGACAGCGGCAGGAACCGGUGGGGAUGAAGAUGAAGGUGAUCAGUUGAAGAAGAGGGGGGAUGACCUCAACAAAUACCUCACAGCAGACAGCAAGAACAAGAGACCAUUUGUGGCACCAAUGCGAGGAAGAGGCUUUGGUAGGUCAGUGCCACAACGAGGGGACCUGUUUCGGUCACGCCCUCCUAACACAUCCCGCCCUCCAUCUCUUCAUGUGGAUGAUUUUGUGGCAUUGGAGAUUUCUGGGCAGCAACCCACAGGGCCGACUGGCUACAACAAGAUUUCUAUGCGAGCUGCUAAAGACAUGAUGGCAACCAGAGCCAGAGGUAGAGGGCGUGCCUUUGGGACUGAUAGAGGGCGCUUCUUUGGUUCUGCCACACCAUAUAACCGACGUGAAAAUGGAAGAGGUAUUCCCAGAGGUAUAAGUUCAAUGCUGCCACGCAUUGGCAAUGGUAGGGGUGGAGUGUCACCAGCAUGGCCACCACAUGGUGGUGAAGUACCAAGCCCCAGCAGUCAACCACCUCCACCACGUUCGUUUCGGACACCAGAACCAAGAGACAUGCGGAUGCUCCCUCGUUCAGAUGAGAAGUUUAGCAUUACUGGUGGUGGUGGUGGUGGUAAUAGUAGUAGUGGUGGUGGGGGAGGUGGUGGUGGUCGUUUUGUUGGCCGAGGUGUCAGAGGAGGUGGCCCAGGGAAUUGGGCUGUCAAGGACAAUAGGGAAAGGUUUGGAGGCCCCAAUAUUCGUGGUGGGGGACGGAGAGAGCCACCUCCUGGACGUCAUGUUCGUUCGUUCACAAGAUAAGUUAUGGGCUUGUACAUUGUAACAAAUCCCUGUAUACAUAAGAUUUCUGGACUGUGCAAGUUAUUUGUGUGACUAUUGUGAUGCUUCAUAAAGUGAGCUUUACACAUUGUGUGUUUUGUUGUAAACCAUUUAUAAUUUUUUUACACUUAGUGUUGUGACAGUAAGGAUGCAUAUUAUUGAACUUGUUAACUGUACCUUUCUUUGACGCAAUGUACGCGGGAUUAUUGACAGCUGAUUCCAUGUUUUAGCUCUAUCAUUUAGUACUCAGUUUUCUUCAAUUACAGUAAUUCAUGGAUAGGCUCACAUUUCAUGUACAUUAGCUCGGAUAUAUUUUUUAAAGUAAAAUAGACUUGUAGGAUAUAUUAAUCUGUAGGUGAAAAGUAAUAUAAUGUAUUAUAUUGCAUAAAGAUCCUGCAUAAAUUGGCUUGGUGAAGACUAAAAGUUAAUUAAAUUUGUGCACUGUGUGCUACAUUAACUAUUCUUAACAUAGUAAUUGUACACUUUUUGGUCAUAUUUUCUGUAAUGAGAGUCAGAUUUAUUUACAGUUUGACAUCAGAAUAUCAGAAGAGAUUUAUGUACAAGAUUGUUUUUCAAGAGUAUUAUGCUUUAAGCAGAAUGGUUUAAAGAAUCAAAUAUAUUUUCAGCAAAAAAGGUAGUGAGGGAUGAAAGCUAUACUGGUUUUUUCCAACAUUGUCAUAUUUUCUGAAAAACUUCAAGGAAAGCAGUGUAUUUUAAGGUAACUUCACAAAACAAAUAAUAUAGUUUCUGUACAAAAGGAAGAUUUAGGUUUUAAAUAUUAAAGCCAUCACUGGAAACAGUCAUUGGUUAUCUGUUUUGGAUGAUUAAAUUAUUUUACAUUGAACAGCA